GUGUACGUAGGGAGGCGGCGACAGCAGCUGUUUAUUUUUGUUCAGAGACAUUUAAGGACUUUUGUUGUGUUUCUGUCAACUGGAUAUCGUGGUGUUUCCAGUGAGGAUGAGUUCGUCUGGGUCUCUGAGAGAGUUCAUCAGUCAGCGACUAACUGCUGCUGCUGAAGAAAUAUUCACAGAGUUUGAAAAAACCAUCGUCCAGUACGAAGAAGAGAUCGACCGACAGAGAAGACUGCUGGACAUCACCUGGAAACCGGAGAUUAAACUACACAGAACAGACCCUGAAGACCUUAUCUGUAAAGAGGAGAAUGAUGGUCCUGACCAGCAGCUCUUUAACCAGGAAAUAAACUCCAGUCUGGACCAGAAGGAACCAGAACCUCUACAGAUCAAAGAGGAGCUGGAAGAAGAUCAGCUGGUACUGAAGCAGGAGACUGAUAUCGUCAUGGUGACUCAGAAUUCUGAUGAAAGUGACCACAAUGAACCAGAACCAAACAUGGAUCCGGUCCUCUAUCUAAACUCUCUGGUAGCUGACGACCAGGACCAGGACCAGGAAGAAACGAACCACGAGAACUCUGAAUGGAAGGGAUGCGGUAGCGAGAGAAGUGACAGUAAUGAUAUGGAAAACUCCCUCAUGUCAGAGAGUCAUCAUGACUCCGACACAGAAGAACAAUCUCUAAGCUGUGAUAUUUGUGGAGAAUCGUUUCUGGAUGAGAAUCUGAUGAUGAUACAUCAACAGAUCCACACGGACCGCAGGCAGUACCCAUGUAAAAUCUGUCAUAAAAGUUUCACUGGCAAUCAGAAGUUGGUCGUCCACAUGAGAACGCACACAGGAGAGAAGCCCUUUUCUUGUAAAAUAUGCGGUAGUAGUUUCGCCCAACAUCAUCAUUUGACUGAACACAUGAGAAUUCAUACAGGAGAGAAACCGUACUCCUGCAAGAUAUGUCAUAAAACCUUCACCCAAAGAUCCCACUUGGUGUGUCACCACCGGACACACACGGGAGAGAAACCGUUUUCCUGCAACUUCUGUCAUAAAAGCUUCACAAGAAGAGAGAGUUUGAUCGAUCACACAAGAACUCACACAGGAGAGAAGCCGUUUUCGUGUAAAUUGUGUCAUAAAAGUUUCACAAGAAAAAAUCAUUUGACCGAACAUGUGCGUAGUCACACAGGAGAGAAGCCGUAUUCUUGUAUGAUUUGUAGUACUAGUUUCACCCAGCGGCAUCAUUUGUCUGAUCACAUGCGAAUUCACACGGGAGAGAAGCCAUAUUCUUGCAAAAUCUGUCAUAAAACUUUCACACAAAAGUCUAAUUUGCUUAUCCACACCAGAACCCACACGGGAGAGAAGCCAUAUUCCUGCAACAUUUGUCAUAGAAAGUUCUCAAGAAAAGAGAGUUCGAUCGAACACAUGAGAGCUCACACAACAGAGAAGCUGUAUUCAUGUAAAAUAUGUGGUGAGAGUUUAACUACUCGUUCUCAAAUGAUUUGCCACACCAAAAGACACAUGGAGGAGAAGUCGUAGUCUUUUCAGACUCGUAGUAACAGUGUUUUGUGUCUUACACCAAGAAUGAAUGUGAGAAAGUGUUUAAAACCACUUCAAUACCAAGUUGUCAAAUGUGUCAUACAUUUCUACAAUAGUUGUGAAUUUUUAUGUUAUAACAGUUAACUGGAGAGCCAGUUGUACCUUAUUAUUUAUCCAAAAAAAACAAACUUUUAUUGGGGUUGCAGUUGUUCGAUUCAGUUCCAUUCAAUUUCAUUUAUUAUCGUCUAUUACAACAGAAACACACACACACACUGCUGUUGUGGCCUGUGAUGUAGGUUAUUACUAUGAUGGAAACUUUAUCAAACCAACCAAGACAUUUAGAUACAAUUGCUUAAUCAGCAUCAUAAAUAAAUGCAACAAUAUUUAAAAUACAAAUAAGGACAGAGCGUGGUAAAAGUAAUAAUAAUAAUUAUUAGUAUUAUACACAAUGACAUUUUCAGUGUUUCAAGCUGAUGUUGUACAAAUCAUGCAGUUCAUCUACUGACCACUAGAGGCCCCAAAACAUUCAACCAUUAACUUCUUAAAAUCAUGUCAGACUUUACUUUAUUCCUUCCCAAAGGGGAAAUCAAUUAAAGUAUUUUUGAAUUGAUUGAAUUGAAUUACAGCCAAAAGGAACAUAUUAAAAAAAGGAUACAAACACCAACUUUGGUGUCAGUUAGAUUUUACAUCCAGACAACAGCUUGAUGCCAAACGGCAGAGAUUUCUAAAGACCAACUGGAUUAUAAAACGCUGUGUUGGAGCAAUGAGACUCAUGUGAAAGGUCGGCUAAUGUGUGUAUAGAUGUAAGAAGCUUUUUUAAACAACUAUUAGAUGAAUGUAUCCAUAGAAUCAUUUCAAGUAGAAGCAAUUUAACUAAAAGGAAAAUAGCAAUCACUGUUUUACUAGUAAUGGUUGUUACAUAUGGUGGCCGGUAUGGGUGUGUGUUGGCGCUUUUACACUAGAACCUACUCAGCCCGACUACUCGCCCUCGUUUCUUCUCAAUACCCAGAUCAGUUCUGUAGUGUGAUGAUGUCAGAUACAGCUGACUCAGCCACUUAGAACCUCGGCAGAAUAGUUACAGAAAAGUAUCUACUCGGCACGUUAGACCCCUGGUGGAAAAGAUCCAAGGCAAGGCGAGUCGGGCUGAGUAGGUUCUAGUGGAAAAGCUCCAUAAGUGUGUUUGUGGGUGGAAAAUGGCUACCACACACAUGUGGAUGUAAGUGGAACCCCCCCAGUGGCUUCAGCAGCCACAGUCUUUGUGUUUGUUGGUCCAGACUUUACUGCUGCUGAUGUUCUAAGAACAGCUGCUUCACCUGUUUAAACUAUCUGGAUUUGGCUCAGUGUUUUUGAAUAAUGAUUUUGAAGACA